GCCGAGGGAGGCGGCGCGCCGGGAGCCAUGCGGGAGUACAAGGUGGUGGUGCUGGGCUCGGGCGGCGUGGGCAAGUCCGCCCUCACCGUGCAGUUCGUGACGGGCUCCUUCAUCGAGAAGUAUGACCCCACCAUCGAGGACUUCUACCGCAAGGAGAUCGAGGUGGACUCCUCGCCGUCGGUGUUGGAGAUCCUGGACACGGCAGGCACCGAGCAGUUCGCCUCCAUGCGGGACCUCUACAUCAAGAACGGGCAGGGCUUCAUCCUGGUCUAUAGCCUGGUGAACCAGCAGAGCUUCCAGGACAUCAAGCCCAUGCGGGACCAGAUCAUCCGGGUGAAGAGGUACGAGAGGGUGCCCAUGAUCCUGGUGGGCAACAAGGUGGACCUGGAGGGCGAGCGGGAGGUCUCCUUCGGGGAGGGCAAAGCCCUGGCCGAGGAGUGGAGCUGCCCCUUCAUGGAGACCUCAGCCAAAAACAAAGCCUCGGUGGACGAGCUCUUCGCAGAGAUCGUCAGGCAGAUGAACUACGCCUCGCAGCCCAACGGGGACGAGCAGUGCUGCUCCUCCUGCGCCAUCCUCUGA